CCAUGAAGCGCAUCUUCUCCUGCUCCAGCUCACAAGUGGCGGUGGAGAGAUGGAACCGCCGUGAUCAGAAACUGCUGGAGGCUGUGCAGCGGGGGGACGUGGGGCGCGUGGCUGCCCUGGCCUCCAGGAAGUCUGCCCGACCCACCAAGCUAGACUCCAGCGGACAGUCCCCCCAGCAGGGGGUACUGGAUGAGGACCUUCGCACUAAACUCCACGUUGCUUCCUUUUGUGGCUCUUUGCAGCAUGGUGCUAAUGAAGACGCGGUGGAUAUGGAGAACCGCAGUCCACUGCACUGGGCAGCCUCCUCUGGCUGUGCCUCGAGUGUCCUCCUGUUGUGUGACCACGAAGCCUUCUUGGAUGUAUUGGAUAAUGAUGGCCGCACACCUCUGAUGAUCGCAUCGCUGGGAGGCCAUGCAGCGAUCUGCUCCCAGCUGCUGCAGAGGGGCGCGCGAGUCAACGUCAAGGACAAAGAUGACAAGUCAGCUCUGAUCCUGGCCUGUGAGAAAGGCAGCGCAGAGGUGGCGGAACUUCUCCUGAGCCAUGGAGCAGAUGCAGGGGCGUUGGACAGCCUGGGCCACAAUGCUCUGUAUUACGCUCUGCAAACACAAGACAAGGCUUUAUGUGGGCUGUUGAGGCAGGCCUUGAACCGGCGGCGGCGAGGAGGUCAGAAGCUGGUUCAACAUCCAGAUCUUGCAUCCCAGGCCUCUCCAUCUGAGCUCCAGGUGGGUUUUCCACCCACCAGCCCAUGGAAAGCAGAGCCUGAGAAGGAGCAGGAGGAAGAGGAGGAGGAAGACCAGUGCUCAGCAGAGUGGCGGCUAAAAUAUGAAGAGGAGCAGAAGAAAGUGUCUCAGUUGGAGCGGGAGUUGGUACUAAAGACAGAAGAGUGUAAGGCUCAAGCUACAGCUUACUUGGGCCUGGAAAACCAGAUUCGAGAGCAGGUACAGGAGCUAGGGCGACUCCUAGUCCAAGAGCCUGGAGCUCCAGAAGAGCAGGGAUCUAGUUUCCGGCCUGGAGGGGACGGUAUGGAGCAGGGCUGUCCUCUGGAUCUGCUGGUGGAACAUAUACAAGAGCUGAAGAGGCAGCAGCAGAGGACUACAGUGAAGUCAUCGUUAGGUCCUAAGCUGGAGGAGCCUGGCUCAGCAGACAUCCAGCGAGGAGUAAAGCUGGAGGAGCCUGGCUCAGCAGACAUCCAGCGAGGAGUCCAUGGAACGUCCAGGGAGGAAGAGGGGCCAUCCCAAAUCCCAAGGAAGGACACAGGACAGCCACUGACCAGCCAUGGGAGGCAGACCCUUGGCCCUGAUCACAAGGACCAGCUCUGUGCUUCCCAGCAGGAGAGGCCGCAGGCCCUGGGGGUGGAACCAGCAGGCCCGGUGGAAGAAGUAGCAGCAGGCAAAGCCGCCAUGAACCAGCUACUGCUACAGCUCAGAGAGGAGCUGGCUGCAGUGUGGAGAGACAAGGACACGGCCAGAGGGGCUCUCUCCAGACCCAUCCUGGAGGGCGCCCUGGGGACGCCCCGGGCUGAGGCUGCAGCCGCUGCCUGGGAGAAGAUGGAGGCCCGUUUAGAGCGCGUGCUGGUGAGGCUGGAUCAAGCCAAGGCGGGACUGCAGGGGAAAACGGAGAUCGAGGGCCAGGGACAGGCCCGCCCAGAGGGCCAGGAAACCCCUAAAGAAAAGCCAAGGGUUCCCUGGGCCCGGGGAGAACCUCAGGGGGCUCCAGGAAAGGAACCGAGCCCCGGAGGGGCGAAGGGACUGCUGGAGAAGGAGGUGUCGGCGCUGAGGAGGAGCAACAGCCACCUGCUGGAGGAGUUGGGGGAGCUGGGUCGCGAGCGGCAGCGGCUGCAGGGGGAGCUGCAGGCGCUGGGCCUGAGGCUCCAGAGGGAGUUCGUGCCCCGGCCCGAGGCGCAGGUCCAGCUGCAGCAGCUGCGGCGCAGCGUGGGGCUGCUGGCCGACGAGCUGGCCGCGGAGAAGGAGGCCGCGGAGAAGCUGCGCCAGCGCCUGGCCUCGCACAGCGGCGGCGUCCGCGCGCUGUGGGACUGUCUGCCCGCCGACCUGGCGGGCCGCCGGGGGGAAGCCGAAGCCCUGGAGGAGCUCCAGGGGUGCGUCCGCGCCCUGGUGGACCGGCUCCGCCAGGCCCAGGGGGCGGUGGCCCGGCUGGAGGAGGAGAACCAGCGACUGCGGGGCUCGACGUCCCCGCGCGGGGAUCCGGCCGCGUCCCCACAGGUGGCCGCCCUGGAGCGGGACCUGGGGGCGCUGGAGGCGGAGCUGCGCGCCGUGCAGGCCACCAUGGGCGCCAAGAGCCAGGAGAUGGCGAAGCUGAAACAGCUGCUCUACCAGGCCACGGAGGAGGUGGCGGAGCUGCGGGCGCGCGAGGCGGCCAGCCUGCGGCGGCACGAGCAGCACCGCGCCUGGCGCCUGGACGACCGGACCGAGCGCCUCGCCGCCGCCGCCCGAGACAAGGAGGCCAAGAUCAAGGAAUUGUUGAAGAAGCUGGAGCAGCUUUCCGAGGAGGUCCUAGCAGUCCGGGGAGAAAAUGCUCGCCUUACCCUUCAGCUGCAGGAUUCCCAGAAAAACCACGAGGAGAUCAUCUCCACUUACAGGAAUCACCUGCUGAAUGCGGCCCAGGGCUACAUGGAACAGAAUGUGUACAAUAUCCUACUUCGGAUCCUCAGUGUGCAGGAGCAGUGAUGGCCUCCUGGGCCCUUCGGACGAUGUGGCAGUUCUGCGCUGCAAUCAGAGCGCCCCUGGCUGACACACGCUCCUCAAGCUGUGGCGAGUGGGGAUUGUGGACAUUUGGUGGGGGCUGGGGGUGGUGGUUUCACUUGAUCCAUGGACCCCAGACCUGAUGGUCUGGAUUCUACAUCCAUACGGAUGGAACCAGAGGUGUGGAUGAAAAGCA